GUUCCAGAGUUUAUCCUGAUUGACAAGCUAGUGACGGACUAAAACAUUUCUAAAGAAAAUGAUUUUAUAUUCCCCAUUUAUUUCAGAAUAGUUACUAUUAUUUAAAUCAACAGUACAAAGGACAACACGAAUCCUGAUUGUAUUCAUUUCUGUGUUGCCUCUUACAUAGUGUUCAAAGAGUUUAACCUGCCUAUAUUGUUUGCUACCUACCCCAUUGGUCUCCUACCUAAAAACAACAUGACUGUUAAUAAUACAACAGAUGGUUUUGACUAUGACUAUGACUAUGUUGAUGAACUGUGUGGCAAAGAAGAAGUGGUGAAAGUUGGAUCCAUUCUUAUUCCACUGUUUUUCACUCUUGUGGUUGUGCUGAGCUGUAUCGGUAACAUCCUGGUUCUGGUCAUCUUAGCACUCUAUGAGAGUCUCAAAUAUAUGACCAACGUUUUCAUCCUCAAUUUAGCUCUGUCAGAUUUACUGUUCACUUUUGGACUUCCAUUCUGGGCGUCUUACCACAUCUGGGGCUGGACAUUUGAAGAAAUCGGCUGCAAAGCUGUGAAAUUCCUGUUCUACGUUGGGUUUUACAGCAGUGUGUUGUUCUUAACUCUGAUGACCGUUCAGCGAUACAUGGCAGUUGUUCACCCUCUGUCCGACUGGGAGAAAUGCAGAGGGUUUUCAGUCGCUCCCAUUAUCGUGUGGAUCCUGAGUGGAUUGGCUGCACUGCUGGUCUCAGUUUAUAACAAAGUCCAACAAGACCCAUUUACUAACAUCACACAUUGUGAAUAUGACCGUACUGAAGUGAAACAUGGCAUUAUUUAUUUUCAAAAUGUUUUUUUCUUCAUUGCAUUUGUGGUUAUGGGAUUUUGCUAUACCAGAAUGCUUCAGACGAUAACAAAAGCACGGACCAAAAAGAGACACAAGACUGUUAGACUCAUUUUCUGCAUUGCGCUGAUGUUUUUUAUUGGUUGGGCUCCAUAUAACAUUGUUAUCUUCCUAAGCUCUUUGACCUAUCAUAAUGUACACCCGUUCACGAAAUGUACCAUAAGCAUUAACCUGGACUAUGCAUUUUAUGUUUGCCGACUGUUGGCUUACUCACACUGUUGCUUGAACCCUGUUUUUUAUGUUUUUGUUGGUGUAAAGUUCAGGAAUCAUUUGAAAAUGAUACUGCAGACCAUUUUUCAACCCAAAAAAAAAACCUUCCAUUCCCAGCAAGACAAAUUGGCAAAAAAUCAUUCACAGAGUUCAACGUACUGACAGAAACCUUGAGUACGUUCACCGAAUACAACGAGCCAACAAUGAGUCCUAAAAUACCGUGUGACAUUGAAAAUUGAGAUGCACGGCACUCUGAAUGAACGAAUGAAUAAAUGAAUGAACGACUGAACUUUAGAUUUAUAUAGCGCUUUUCUGACACUACACUUAAAUGACCUUACACAGUGAACAGGGGACUCUCCUCAAACACCACCAGUGUGCAGCAUCCACUCUGGAAUACUUCAUUCUAAUAUCAGAGUCAGAUCAUUUUGUAUUGAGACCGCGAAACUAUAUAAUUGACCGCUGUCCCAGAACACCGAAUUUGCGCAUACCUGUGCUAGUUUCAAAAAAGCUUGUACCUUUAUAUAUACUGUGUGCAUAUAUAUAAAUAUAUAUAUAUUAGGCUGUAAUGCUAAAUUGUAUGGUAGCUGUAGUCCCGCCUUAAAGUUAAAGAGCCAGUCGUCUGUUUGUUUACUCUAGAACGAACAUGACAAAUACCUUAUAAACCUUAUUUGGGAUAAAGUUGCACAUUUUAUGAUACCGUUGUUGUCUGAGUUUUCUCUUGAUUUGAAAUAUGUCACUUGAACAUUGUUUUGAUCAACACUUUUGGAAAUGUAGGUCUUUCCCCAUUCAAGUCAAUGGGUGUUGUACUAGCAUGACUGGGAACAGAUAGUUGAAGGUGUUUAAAAAAAAUGGCUGCCGAGUGAAGUGACUUGCCUCAAAGGGAAUUAGUUCUGCAGUCUCUUUCCAAUAACAUUAUUUCAACUUAAACCCAUAUUUCAUCUGCAUUUAUUUAUGUAUUUGCUAUCAUGCUAUUGUAGUGUUUAAUUAUUAUUUGAAAAUGUUUCUUGAGGCAUGCAAAGCAGAUUUCUGCCAAUAUACUGGAACCUUUAAAUCUGCAUAGUUAAAAUAAAUGAAUUAAAAAGACACUGUAAAGAUCUCACAGUAAUGAUGGGUACAAUAUAACCUCACACUCAUUGAAAAGGAAACUUUUCAUAAACUAAAUAUUGGAUGAUUAUAAACUGUAUUCUUCUUUUUUUUUGAGGUUGGCAAGGAACCACCAAAUAUAUAUGUUCCCUAUUUUGUGAAAUCCUAACAAUAAAUCACAAAAUUUCUUCAGAGUGUGUAAUAAAACUAAUUUUCCAUUUU